AGCACUGGAAGGCACCACAAGUCCAUCCUCCCCAUCAGCAGUCUGGUCAACAACAUUUCUCCUCAGGACUCACCAGCAAACUUCACCGACUCUCUGCUUUUAAAACACCGAUAUGGAUGCCCUCAAGUCGGCUGGGAGAGCUAUUAUCCGGAGCCCAAGUAUGGCGAAACAGUCCUGGACUGCCGGCAGACACAGAAAGCUUCCGGAGAACUGGACUGACACACGGGAGACCAUCUUGGAGGGCAUGACGUUUAACCUCCGUCACCUGGGCAUGACACUAGUGGACCAGCCCAAGGGAGAGGAGCUGUCGGCCGCUGCAGUAAAGAGGAUUGUUGCCACGGCUAAAGCCAGUGGGAAGAAGCCGCAGAAAGUUGCUCUCAAGGUGUCCCCUCAGGGAAUCGUCCUGUGCGACAGCUUGACCAAUAAAAUCCUGGAAAAUGUCUCCAUAUACAGAAUAUCCUACUGCACAGUGGACAAACUGCAUGAUAAAGUGUUUGCUUAUAUCGCUCAAAACACCCUCAAUGGGACCCUGGAGUGCCACGCCUACCUCUGCUCUAAGAGGAAAGUGGCUCAGGCAGUGGCGUUGACAGUAGCCCAGGCUUUCACAGUAGCAUUUGAGCUCUGGCAAGUAGCCAAAGAAGAGAAAGGAAAAAGAGUGAAGUCUGGUUCAGCUGGAGAUGCCAGCAGCAGUUCCCAUUCAGAGAGAUCUAACAGCUUGGGGAGCCUGAAGGGAACCGUAGAUGUUGCCACAGACAACCUAUUGGACUUUGAGGACAGUGGGAACGUGGCGGUGGAGACCAAUGGGAAUGUAGAGGAGGAUCAGUUGGAUAACCACAGGCCAUCUGAGGCCAACAAUAACCCUGCCUGGGAAAUAGAAGAUGGUUUGGAUGAUGCCUUCUCCAGCCUGGCAGUGUCGCGUACUAACCCCCAGGUCUUGGACAUUGGGGUGACGCCCCAGGACUGGCUCAUUGAACCUGACUGGGACAGGACCAACGGAAACACUCCCAGCGGUCUCAGCCCGUUUGGGGACGAUAUCUUCGGCUUCUGACCACCACAACACAGCAGAGAGAGACAACAACUAAGGAGAGGAGGGAUGUCUUAGUGUCUUCCUGUAAAAUAACAAGGUAUCACUGUGUAUUUAAGAUGAGGCUACAGUAAGUCCAUAAGGGAAUAAGUGCAGAACUGUGAGAUAACGUUUGGCCUCUCUUCACCUUGUUGUUGCACUCUUCACAUGGACAAUUCUUCUCUUCUUUGUGGAAACACACCAAAGCAAUAGUAUCAUUUUAUUACACUGCAAACAGUCUUACAAACUUAAGUUCACCAAGUUCAUCUUAUGUCAGCAUUUGUUGUCCUUUGUUUGCUUAAAUGUGUCUAAGUAGUUUUGGCACCAUAAUCAGUGUUUUGGAUAUGUGUUUAGUUAUAAUUUAUAGUUGUAUAAUUAUUUUUUUAUGGAUGAAGACUAGUUGGAUUUAAUUCAGACCGUAACAACAGGCCUUAAUAACAGCAGGACAAUCAGCCACACUAUAUCUUUAAGCUUGGAAACUUAAUUGAUGUAAGGAUUUGUCCCUCCACCACCUCGGAUGUGAACUGAAGAUUGUUUUAUGUCUAAAAUCUGAAAAUUAAUCUACUUGUUGUAUUUAUAUGAACUCCUUGUAGCUAUGGCAGCGUCUCAUUCAAGACAUGUUGUUACAGACGUUACUCGCCCACUGCAGUAUAACGGCGUUCUCUUGACAGACGCCCCGAUGUGUUCAAGGUCAUCAGAUUCCAUUACGGCCAUUUCAUGUACCUUUUAUAAUCUACCAGCAGCAUACAGAAUUAAAAUAUAUUCAUGAAUAAGAAA